AUGAAUUUCACAUGUGAAUUACGUUUUCCAUUGUCAACAGCACGUCAUGCUCAAAUCAUCUACAAUACGAUACGCAUCGAUAAAGAACCAAAGAAAACAGUUGAACGUAUUGAAACAUUAGAUGGUAAUGUUCUCAAUGUUCGAUUUGAAGCUCAUGAAGCAAAAUUUAUUCGUGUAGCUGUUGAAAGUUAUAUUGAAAAAGUUAAUUUGAUACUUCGUACGAUUCAACGUUUUGAUCCAAAACUGAUAUUUCUUCUUUUUUCUCUAUCGUAUUGUUAUAAUUAUGAAGAUUUUACUCGAAUUAAUCAUGAACAACCGCUAAAUGAAUAUACUCAAUCAUCUUCAUUGAAUGUUAUUGUUUUCGUUGAUAAACAACAGUGCAAUAGUGAAAGCGAUGAUACAUGUCGUCAGCAACGUAGUCAAUUGGAGCAAAUUCGACAUUUAUGUACAAGUGCAAAUAUUCAAUUUGCUAUUUCAACUAAUAUAACAAUUGCAGAAAAAUAUUUCAAUAUUUAUGGGUCACUCCCCAAACUGUGCUUUUUAAGAAAUGGUUUUCCAGUUGUCUAUUCCGGUUCACUUUCGAAUAUGGAUAGUCUACAAGAAUGGCUUAGUGAAGCACGUGAACGAUUGACACAUGUUUUAGAUGAUAAAUCAUUUGAACAUGAUACACAAGCAUCAACUGGUUCGACUACAGGCGAUUGGUUUAUUCUCUUUAAGAAAACAAAUGAUUCACGUAGUUUACUUCCCAUAUGGGAAGCUGCAGCUCUUCAGUUUCGAAAUCGAGCAAUAUUUGCUUAUGUUAAUGUAGAUACGAAUCCAAUUAUACAGAAACGUUUUCAUCUAUUUUAUUUACCUAUUUUUAUACUAUUUAAACAAGGAAAAAUGUAUCGUUAUGAAAGUGCAUCAUGGAAACAAAUAUCAUUUAUUGAAUUUAUUGAAAAUGACUACAAAAAAGUAAAAGCUGAAAAUGUUCCGGCUGAACUGAGUGCUUUUGCAUUGUUUUCUGAAAAGGCUGCUAAAGUUAUUCCAAUGUAUUUGAUAGUAAUGCCGAUGAUUUGUCUUGCUGCUGUUCUUCUCGUUCUCGUAAGCGGUUUAGCAAGAAAAAAGAAAACAACAACUGAACGAACACCAUUCCAAGUUAAAAUCGAUUAA